AUGAAAGGGUACCUCGCCACAAAUGGUGGAGAACCCGGUGCUGAUGACUCUAGAGUCAAUGCCUGGACCCUGGAUGUCAGAAUAUCAGAGUAUGGACCAGUGAGAGGAGGUGGCGGCGGCAGCGGUGGUGGAGGAGGAGGGCGCAACCAAGGGCCUUAUCCAACAGGCGGAGGCUACCAAGGUGGUGAAGGUUACAGUGGCGGACCAGGAGGCGGUGGCGGUUACGGUGUAGGUGGUAGCGGCGGAUACGGAGAUGGCAAUGGCUUUGGAAAGAGACUCUAA